UUUGGUGCUUGGAAAUUUCUCACGAAUAUAAUUAAAAUCUCUGGAGAAAAAGCUGAUUAAUAAUUCUUCUUCACUUUUGCUGCUAGUGUGUGGUAAACAAAAUUUGCCAAUCGUAGUGAUUGUUGAAAAAGUUAUAGAAAAGGAUGUCAAAAAUGGAGGACAUCGGUCGAAUGCUAGUGAAUUAUAUAGACCCAACUGCCACCAAGAAGGAUGUCGUUGAUUGUCUGAAGCAAUACAAAGCUCUUGCCUGUCGGUACGAGGAGUAUGUUUUCAAUGACGGAACUGUAAAGCAGUUGUUGAACUUGCAGGGAACGAUCCCGGUGCGGUACAAGGGAAAUACUUAUCAUAUUCCUAUAUGUAUCUGGCUACUGGAUACCCAUCCCCGGUAUGCUCCGAUUUGCUACGUUAAACCAACAUCCGAUAUGCACAUCAAAGUGUCCAUGUACGUGGACCACAAUGGCAAAAUAUAUUUACCCUACCUGCACGACUGGACCCCAAUGCAGUCGGAUCUGCUCGGAUUGAUUCAUGUUAUGAUCGUUACGUUUGGGGAAUUUCCCCCGGUGUAUUCGAAGCCUAAACAAUCGAAGGAGCAAGCAACACCCUAUCCGACACAAUCAUUUAUGCCUCAGCCACCGACAAGCACACAGAGUCCUUACGGCCCAUUCCCGGGGCAGCAGUUUCCACCAUAUCCUCCGGCAACCGGGGGAUAUGGUGGUGGUUACGGCCAGCCCGGAGCCGGUAGCAGUUAUCCACCCUACAUGCCACCAAGCAUGCCUACGCCUUCGGGAUACAAUGCAGGCUAUAAUCCAUCGACCCAGGGUACGGGAACCAUCACCGAGGAACACAUCAAGGCCUCCCUGGUCAGCGCGGUAGAGGAUAAGCUAAAGCGACGAAUUCAGGAAAAGGUUAAUCAAUGCCAGGCGGAGAUUCAAACGCUUAAGCGCACAAAGCAGGAACUAAACGAAGGUCAAUCCAAGAUCAAUGACAUCAUCGGUCGAUUGGAGCGGGACGAACAGGAACUGACGAAGAGCAUUGCCGUGCUCAAGGACAAGGAUCAGGAGCUGGAACGGGCACUCGAGAGCCUCGAGAAGGUGGACGGAAUCGAUGUAGACGAAGCUGUGACUACUACUGCUCCACUGUAUAAGCAGCUACUGAACGCCUACGCCGAAGAAGCGGCCAUCGAGGAUGCAGUCUACUUUAUGGGUGAAGCACUUCGCAGCGGAGUGAUCGAUCUGGAAGUGUUCCUCAAAAACGUCCGACAGUUGUCACGGAAGCAGUUUAUGCUCCGAGCCCUGAUGCAAAAGUGCCGACAGAAGGCAGGCUUCAAUGCCUAAUGGGAGAUAGAUCGUGUUUUUGUGCGGAAUUGGUUGUAAAUAUGGGUUUGUUUCGCUGGACCGGCGUCUUUCGAUGAUGAAAAGUAGAUGGGCGGAACAAUUGGUUAGAAAUAUUUCAUAUUAAAAUCAAAUGGCAACUCCCUAUCGCCAACUCAUCUGAAGUAGUGUCAUUUGCAUACGAGAAUUAUUACUAUUAUUAAUAUUAUCAUUGCUAUAUUUUAUGUUUAAUCAUCGCAAAUGUAAUGUGCUUUAAAAAACUUGUUGUAGGAUCGACAUUAUCCAACAUAAUCCAUUUGUUCAAUAAUAUAUGAUACGUUCUCUUUAGAACAACGAGAAGA